UAAGCAUUACGCUAUUGUACGUUUAAAAAUUUAAUUUUUUACUAAACAUUUUGUUUAGACUUCAUUGAUUUUUGUUAAAUAUUUAGAUUUACAAUGGUUUCUAGUGACAGCGAUGAGGAUCGCAGAGAACGAGACAAGUUUGCCGAAAGGCUUAAAAGAAAAGACAAGGACAGAACUCGUAAUAUUGCUAUUCCUCGAUCAGAUAAAAAAGCUUAUGAAGAAGCAGCAAAACGAUUAAAAUUAGAAAAUGAACGUGAGAAAGAAAUGGUUAUUCCUCGACUUCGUAUCGAGUCUCGUCGAAAAUAUCUCGAAAAAAGAAAAGAUGAUAAGGUUACUGAACUUGAAGCUGAUAUCAUAGACGAUGAAUAUUUAUUUGAUAAAGAAGAUUUAACCCAACGUGAAAUUUUUGAUCGUGAACACAAAAAAAAGUUAUUGAGUCUCGCAAAAGAACAUGAAAAAGCUAGAGAACUUGAAAAUGUUCAACGUUAUCGGAUGCCUCAAGAUAUCAAAGAUCAACAAAUGGAAUAUGAAAUGGAAGUGGAUAAAGCACCAAUUACUGAACAACAAAAAUGGGAAGAAGAACAAAUGUCUUCUGCUGUUUAUAAAUUUGGUGCUAAAAGACAAGAAAAAGAACAAUAUGAAUUAUUGAUUGAUAAUCAAAUAGAGUUUAUUCAAACUGCAAAUUUACCUGGCACAGAUGAGGAAAAGCAUGAAAUUACUGAAAAACAAAAGAAAAAACUCAGCAUAGAAGAGACAAAAAAGAGUUUGCCUAUAUAUAAGUUUAAAAAAGAUCUGAUCAGAGCUAUUAAAGACCAUCAAAUACUUAUCAUAGAAGGUGAAACUGGUUCUGGUAAGACAACACAAAUCCCACAAUAUUUAUAUGAAGCUGGCUUUACAGAAAAUAACAAAAUAAUUGGAUGUACCCAACCCAGAAGAGUAGCUGCUAUGUCGGUUGCAGCUCGUGUAGCUGAGGAAAUGUCUGUUAAACUUGGAAAUGAAGUUGGUUACAGUAUACGUUUUGAAGAUUGCACUUCAGAACGUACUAUAAUAAAAUACAUGACUGAUGGAACAUUGCAUAGAGAGUUUUUGUCUGAACCAGAUUUACAGUCUUAUAGUGUGAUGAUUGUAGAUGAAGCUCAUGAACGUACCCUUCAUACUGAUAUUCUAUUUGGUUUAGUAAAAGAUGUUAUAAGAUUUAGACCAGAUUUAAAACUAUUAAUAUCAAGUGCCACUUUAGAUGCUCAAAAAUUUUCUGAAUUUUUUGACGAUGCGCCUAUAUUUAGAAUACCUGGAAGGCGUUUCCCUGUGGAUAUAUAUUACACAAAAGCGCCUGAGGCGGAUUAUAUUGACGCGUGUGUUGUGUCUAUAUUACAAAUACAUGUAACACAACCUCUUGGAGAUAUAUUAGUCUUUCUAACUGGCCAAGAAGAGAUUGAGACUUGUCAUGAACUAUUGCAGGAACGAGUCCGUAGACUUGGUUCUCAAAUCAAAGAACUGAUUUUAUUACCAGUUUAUAGUAAUUUACCUACUGAAAUGCAAGCCAAAAUUUUUGAACCUACACCUCCCAACGCUAGAAAAGUUGUUUUGGCCACCAAUAUAGCAGAAACUUCUUUAACAAUUGACAAUAUUAUUUAUGUUAUUGACCCAGGUUUUUGUAAACAAAAUAAUUUCAAUUCACGUACAGGCAUGGAAUCUUUAAUAGUUGUACCAAUAUCAAAGGCAAGUGCUAAUCAAAGAGCUGGGAGAGCUGGUCGAGUAGCUGCUGGUAAAUGUUUUCGCUUGUAUACAUCAUGGGCCUAUAAAAGCGAACUUGAAGACAAUACAGUUCCAGAAAUUCAAAGAAUUAAUUUGGGUAAUGCUGUGUUGAUGUUGAAGGCUCUUGGUAUUCAUGACUUAAUACAUUUUGAUUUCUUAGAUCCCCCUCCGCAUGAAACUCUGGUACUUGCAUUGGAACAACUUUAUGCAUUGGGCGCAUUGAAUCACAAGGGAGAAUUAACCAAAUUAGGACGUCGUAUGGCUGAAUUUCCAUUAGAUCCAAUGAUGGCAAAAAUGCUUUUAGCUUCCGAAAAGUAUAAAUGUUCAGAAGAAAUUGCUUCCAUAGCAGCAAUGUUAAAUGUGAAUAGUGCUAUAUUUUAUAGACCCAAAGAUAAAUUGAUUUUAGCCGAUACAGCUCGAAAAAAUUUUUUUUCACAAGGUGGUGAUCAUCUAGCUUUAUUGAAUAUUUAUAACCAAUGGGCUAAUUCAGAUUUUAGUACAAAUUGGUGUUAUGAAAAUUAUAUUCAACAUAGAUCAAUGCGUAGAGCUCGAGAUGUUAGAGAUCAACUAGUUGGUUUAAUGCAACGUGUUGAAAUGGAAAUAGUUUCAAAUCCAACUGAAACUGUUAAUAUUCGAAAAGCCAUAACUGCUGGUUAUUUUUAUCAUAUUGCAAGACUGUCAAAAGGUCAUUAUCGCACUGUUAAACAUAAUCAAACCGUUAUUAUUCAUCCAAAUAGCAGUUUAUUUGAAGAGCUUCCAAGAUGGGUUUUAUACCAUGAGUUGGUAUUAACUACUAAAGAAUAUAUGAGACAAGUUACAGAGAUUGAAAGUAAAUGGCUACGUGAAGUAGCUCCUCAUUACUAUCAAGACAGAGAACUUGAAGACUCCACUAAUAAAAAAGUACCUAGGACAUUAGGAAAAACAAGUUCUGAGCUAAAAAUGAAUAAUUAAAUAAAUGUGUAAUUUUGUUAAAAAUAAUAUAAAUAAAUAAUUGCCAGCUUUAAACUCAAAAAUGUGUUGUAUAGUGUUGUAUAUAUCAUACCUAUACAGGUGGUAUCACUUUAUAAUAAAACUAGUUUUACUAAAAUAAUAGUAAAAUAACAUUAAUCUCCAUGUUUCUUUAAAAUUCUUAUUUUUUAUGCAUAAAAUUUAUGGUGAUAAUUAUAGUAUCAGAUGAUAGGACAUGAAAAUUAAGAGCUGUAUGUAAUGGCUAUAUAUUUGUAUAUUUUCUGUGACUCCUAAAUAGUCGUUAAAUCCUUUUAUUUAAAGUCAAGAAGUGUUUUGUCCUUUGGUUGUUUUAAUUUUAAAAAUUUCCCUUUUUACAUGAUUAUAGACCAAUAAUAAGUUUGGACUACUUCAUAAGCAGAUAGAAGAAUGAAAAGCCAAUUUAGUAUUUUUGCACAAAUUAAAUGACGGACAUGUAGAUUCUCUUUUUUUUCUUUUCCUAAUAAAUUUUAGAGUUUCAUCUUAUUCUUUGAAUCUAGUUCUUCUUUUGUUCCAUCUCACAUUACUGAUUAUGGUAGGGAUCAACCUAUUUACCAUAUGAUGCAUCUAAGGAAUAAGCACCUAAGCCUCUAAUAUUUUUCUUAUUAAUCUAAUUAUUAUUAUUAUUAUUAUUACUAUUAUUAAUAAUAAACUUUAAUUAUU